ACAUGCAUGCCCAAUCUUCACCAAGCACAUAACAAUGGCCGUCUCUGUUCACUUCUUUCUGGCCUCUUCUCUUCUCCUUAUAUUUGUGUCCCCAUCUAUUGCUCAACAGUCCUUCCGCCCUAGAGCCUUAGUCGUUCCAGUCUCAAAAGAUGCAUCCACUCUUCAAUAUGUUACACAAGUCGAACAAAGAACACCUCUGGUGCCCAUCAAUCUCGUUGUUCAUCUUGGUGGCAAGUUCCUCUGGAUUGACUGCGAACAGAAUUAUGUCUCAUCAACUUAUAGACCAGCUCGUUGCGGUUCUGCCCUUUGCUCACUAGGCGGUUCAGAUGGCUGUGGUGAUUGCUUCUCAGGGCCUAGGCCAGGCUGCAAUAACAACACUUGUGGCGUUUCACCAGACAACCCUUUCACCAAUACCGCAACAGGUGGUGAACUUGCCACAGAUGUUGUGUCUGUCAAUUCCACUAAUGGGUCGAACCCUGGCCGUGCUGUGACUGUGCCAAGAUUCUUGUUCGCUUGUGCACCAACGUUUUUACUACAGGGACUUGCUACUGGUGCUGUUGGCAUAGCUGGUCUUGGCAGGAACAGGGCUGCAUUCCCUUCUCAAUUUGCUUCUGCUUUUAGUUUGCAUAGAAAAUUUGCUAUUUGUUUAGGAUCUGGUAAUGGUGUUAUAUUCUUUGGUGAUGGUCCCUAUAAUUUCUUGCCAAAUGUUCAAUACACAUCUCAAUCACUUACCUACACACCUCUCUUUAUCAACCCAGUAAGCACAGCUUCAGCUUUUACCCAAGGAGAGCCAUCAGUUGAAUACUUCAUUGGUGUAACUUCUAUUAAAAUCGAUGACAAACCUGUCUCUUUGAACACAACCCUUUUGACCAUUGAUAGUGAAGGCAAUGGUGGAACAAAAAUCAGCACUGUGAACCCGUACACUGUCUUGGAAUCUUCCAUUUUCAAUGCUGUGACCGAGGCAUUUAUUAACGAGGCUGCUGCAAGAAAUAUUACUAGAGUUGCUUCUGUAGCACCAUUUGAUGUUUGCUUUAGCAGAAAGAAUGUCCCUAGCACACGUUUGGGCUAUGGGGUGCCAACUAUUUCUUUAGUCCUGCAGAACGAGAAUGUGAGUUGGAGUAUUUUUGGGGCUAAUUCAAUAGUGCAGGUUAGUGAUGAUGUGCUGUGUCUUGGGCUUAUUGAUGGUGGAUCAAACCCAAGAACUUCGAUUGUUAUCGGAGGAUAUCAGGUGGAGAAUAAUUUGUUGCAGUUUGAUUUGGCUACUUCAAGGCUUGGAUUUAGCUCUUUGCUCUUCGGAAGGAUGACUACAUGUGCCAACUUCAACUUCACCUCUGUUGCUUAAAGACUACUACAGUUCUUGAAUCUUCAUCUCAUAAUUCUGUAUGCUAUACACUUUUGUGUUAUACACAGUUUAAAAGAUACUGAAUACUGAUAUAGUGUCACUUCUUUUCCUCUUUGAUGAAUAAAUAAGUGGCCAUGAUCACCUCAAGUAAUUGACCUGAAAUGUAAACAGUUAUUUGUUCUAUAUAUAUGAGUUUCUUACUUUGUAAAGAUUGAAUAAUAUCCACGUUAUUUAGUUA